AACCCCUGGGUCCUGGUUACGGCUCAACUCUCCUGCGCAUGUCAGACAACACGUGCGGCAGCAGCGGUUUGUGCAUCUGUUAGCUUGUUAUUUGUUUCCGUAAAUAGGACUUUCUUAAAGUGCUGCGGAGCGACAACUCGUCUGUAAAUGGGGGGUCUUCAGAAGAAAAAGUAUGAGCGGGGCUCUGCAACAAACUACAUCACCAGGAACAGAGCACGGAAGAAGCUGAUGCUGAGCCUCCCUGACUUCAGGCGGCUGUGCAUCCUUAAAGGAAUCUAUCCGCAUGAGCCAAAACACAAGAAGAAGGUGAACAAAGGCUCCACUGCCCCAAGGACUUUCUACCUGCUCAAAGACAUCCGCUUCCUGCUGCACGAGCCCAUUGUGUCAAAGUUCAGAGAGUACAAGAUCUUUGUACGUAAACUGAAGAGGGCUUAUGGAAAAACAGAGUGGUCUGCUGUUGAAAGACUGAAAGAGAACAAGCCUGCCUAUAAAUUGGACCACAUUGUGAAAGAAAGGUACCCCACCUUCAUCGACGCCCUCCGUGACAUUGAGGAUGCCCUCUGCAUGUGUUUUUUGUUCUCCACAUUCGCCCGAACAGGAAAAUGUCACGUGCAGACAAUCCAGCUGUGCAGACGCCUCACUGUGGAGUGGAUGAACUAUGUCAUCGUGUCUCGCGCGCUCAGAAAGGUUUUCCUCUCCAUCAAGGGAAUAUACUACCAAGCUGAGGUCAUGGGGCAGCUCAUUACAUGGCUGGUGCCGUAUCAGUUCUCCCAUGAUCACCCAACAGAUGUCGACUACAGAGUCAUGGCAACUUUCACAGAGCUGUACACAACUCUCCUGGGGUUUGUCAACUUCAGACUCUAUCAGUCUCUCAACUUGGUGUACCCUCCAAAGCUGGAUAGUAAAUCAGAAUUGGAGCUCAAGGAAGAGAAUGAGGACAACUAUGCCAUGAAUUCAGAGAGCUACUUGGAGAAACUUUCAGCUCUCAGCUCCAGCCUGGCACGUGUUGUUUCCUCAGAGGAGGAGGAGGAGGCUAAACUCGAUCAGUUUCCUGUCGAAGGGGAGGACAUGGAGAAGAUGGAAGCCAGAGAAAAAGAACAGAAACUGCUGGAAACCCAGAAAAAGAUCUUUGAGGGGCUCAAAUUCUUCGUCAACAGAGAAGUGCCCAGAGAGUCGCUGGCUUUUGUCAUCAGGUGUUUCGGUGGUCAGGUGUCCUGGGACAAAUCGGUUUGCAUUGGAAGCACAUAUGAUGUCACAGAUGAGACUAUCACACAUCAGAUUGUUGACAGGCCUAAUGUGGACAAGCAGUACAUGAACAGGUACUACAUCCAGCCCCAGUGGGUGUAUGAUUGUGUCAAUGCUAAAAUACUCCUGCCUGUGGAGGAUUAUUUCCUUGGAGUCACUCUGCCACCUCAUCUGUCUCCAUUUGUGGAGGAGAAGGAAGGAGACUAUGUUCCCCCAGAGAAGCUGAAGAUAAUGGCCUUACAGCGAGGAGAAAAACCUGCUCAACAAGAUGAAGAAGAAGAAGAGGAGGAAGAAGAAGAAGAGGAUGAUGAAGAUGAGGAGGAGGAAGAGGAUGAAGAAGAAGAAGCCGAAGAGAAGAACCUUAAAAAGAUGGAAGAGCAAAGAUCUCAGGGGAAGUCUCUUCAGGUUAAAGUGACGCCUGGAAAAGUGAAGGCAGAAAAUCCCGCCCGCUUGGAGCUGGAAGAGAAGGCGGAGGAGAAACGUCUAGCCAUCAUGAUGAUGAAGAAGAAGGAGAAGUACCUGUAUGACAAGAUCAUGUUUGGAAAAAAGAGAAAAGUCAGAGAGGCGAACAAGCUUGCUGCCAAGAGGAAAGCCCACGAUGAUGCUGAGAAAGCGAAGAAGAAAUCAAGAAAAUAACCUCUGAACCUGAUUUUAUGUAUAAAACCUGAUGGGUUAGUGGUGCAGGUUCACAAUUGAUAAAACCUGUGGCUGCACCAGUAAGCUCCCAGCAUGAGGUGCAGCCUCUGUUUGAUUGCAUUGACCUUAUGUAUAAAUUCAUACAGAGAUCCAGGAUGCUCCAUAUGCUGACUGUGUAAUUAUUGAUUUAAAACUCAUUGUCUACAGUGUUCUUAUCAUACUCUAAAAUGUAAAACAUUAGCUUCAUUUUUAUGUCUGUAUUGGAAAUAAUUAGUUUUAAAGUAAAACAUAACUGUAA